AUGGGGACAUGGGGGGACAUGGAUGGGGACAUGGGGAACACAUACGGGGACACAAACUGGGACACCGCCGGUGCCACCACGGUGCCACCACCACCAUCGUCUCGGCCACGGCCAAGCGCUGCCCGAUGCGGUUCCUGCCACCACGUCCCCACUGUCACCACCGCGUUGUCCCAGCUGAAUAUCACCACCCAGCAGGGUGUUCAGCUGGUGACAAGUGGCCCAGAAGCGGGUGACAGCCACCAGGGUGUCCCAGAGCCGCCACAGCUGCCGGGCCAGCGCGGAGGUGCCCAGGGCCACUGCGCCCAGGGGACCUCAGCCUGGGGACAGGGCAAGGGUCAGUGUCAGCCGCGGGGUCACGUGGCCCCGUGCUGGGUGUCACUGGACACGUCCUGGUGGCAGUGGUGCGGUGACAUUGUCCCCCUGAUGAUGUUCCCGUGGCUGCUCCUGGCGCUGAGCGUCUGCGCCCGCCCCGGCACAGGUGUGUCCCCAGAUGUCCCCCCACGCCACAUGGACUCGCUGCUCGACAUCCUGGACGCUCUCGAGUCCCCAGCCCGGGGCGGCUCCCCCGGCACCGCCGUGGCCUUGGCGAGGGGGCUGGGGGUCUGCAGCACCCUGGGCUGCCGGGCAGUGCUGGGCGAGCCCCCCGGGACCCCCGAACGCCCCCCGGUUGUCACCCCGGGCCAGUGGCAGCUCCUGACCGAGCUCCUCCGCCACGACCCGGCGACACCGGAGCUUGGGGCGGUGCUGGCCCCUGACGGCUCCACGGUGGCCCUCGGUCCGCUCCUGGCCGGCAUCGAGGUGGGGCUGAGAUCCGGGGGGGUUGGGCAACCCCUCCCCACCCUGGACCCGCCCGCCGACCCCCUCUUGGCUGUCACCAUCGCCGAGGCUUUGGGGACAUCCUUCCUGCUGGCGCGGGGGGGUGACAACAACGCCACCGCGCUGGGACCCGACGGCUGCUGGGACGAUGUGGAGAACCCCCAAAAUUACACCUUGAGGGGUCCCCCGUCCCCUGUCCCCGACCCUGUGGCCAUCGGGGCCAUGGAUGGGGUGGUCCUGGGGGCGCAGCUGGCCCGGGAACCCCUCCCAGUGGCCGAACUGCUCCGGGGCUACUACGGGACCGGGAAUGGCUCGGAAGGGGGGAGACCCCCCAGCAGUUAUCGGCGCCGGGAUUUUGGGGCGCUGGUGGGACAGGAACGUCUGGAGAAGGAGGUGGCGGCGAUUUUGGGGCUGCUGAGGACGCUGUCGCCCAUCCCGGAGCUGCUGAGGGACGUGGGGACACAGGAGGUGGCGACCGUGGCUCGUUGGGCGGCGCGGGAGUUCAGCGAGCGCUACGUGGAGUGCCCGGCCAUCGUGCCCCGCUGCCUGUGGGGGGCCCGUCCCUACCGGGGCACCCCGUCCCUGCUGCGGCCCCCGCUGGGCUCGGUGUUCCUGCACCACACCCUGGAGCCGGCGCGGCCCUGCCGGACCUUCGGUGCCUGCGCCCGCGCCAUGAGGGACAUGCAGCGCUUCCACCAGGACACCCGCGGCUGGGACGACAUCGGCUACAGUUUCGUGGUGGGCUCGGACGGGUACCUGUACGAGGGCCGGGGGUGGCACUGGGUCGGUGCCCACACCAAGGGCUACAACACCCGAGGCUUCGGCGUUGGCAUCGUCGGCGACUUCACGGCCACCCUGCCGGACCCCGACACCCUGGCCCUGGUGCGGGACCAGCUCCUGCCCUGCGCCGUCCGCUCCGGCCACGUCCGGCCGGACUUCACCCUGCGUGGCCACCGCCAGCUCGGCCACACUGACUGCCCCGGCAAUGCCCUCUUCCAGGAGAUCCAGAGCUGGCCCGGCUUCCAGGGGACACCGGUGGCCCCGGGGCUCGGGUGAGGAGCGGCUCUGGCUGGGCUGGGCUGGGCAGGACGGGGGCGGGAGAGGUUGGACACUGGUCCAGAUGGACACCAGCCCAGUGUGGAUGG